AUGGCGACCCUCCGAAGAAUGGAACAUCAGGUCUUCGCCGCUUGCAGUACAGGUGUGAGGGGCGAGGCACGCUGCGCUUCGGCAGCCGGCCACGCGGACUGGGCACAGCUCUCCGCUGCAGCAGACUUCGAGCGCCGUGCUGCUGGGCUGAAGAGUCGACGGGAAGGUCUCCUGCUUCCAGGCGAGCUUCGCGCUCUGGAAGCGGAGAAGGAGAAGGCGAGGCUCGCGGAGGAGCGCAGCGCCCGCCGCGCGGCCAACGCCAGCCGUGAAGCAGCCGAAGCGGAGGAGGAGGAGAAGCGAAAGGAGGUGGGGCGUGCUGCAUACGACAUGGUUCAGCCACAUGCAGUUGGUCCAUACUUUGUCAUGAUGAUGGGCUGGGUCAUGCGUGUCACACCCAAGAAGCUAGUGCUGUGGGGCCGGUGCCCGCUUGUGGCCACGGCGCUGCGCUUGGCCCGCGGGUGUGCAGCCGCCAUGGCUGCAGCGACCUCCGGGAAGAAGACCUUCAAGGUGGGCCUGUGCCAAAUGACGGCGCGGAACGACAAGGAGGCCAACUUCCACACCUGCAAGCAGCUGGUGACCGAGGCGGCUUCGCAGGGCUGCCAGCUCGUGGCGCUGCCCGAGUGCUUCGCCUUCAUCGGGGCCAAGGCCGGCGAGGCGCAGGAGGCGGCGGAGCCGCUGUCCGGGCCCACCAUGGGCCGUUACGCCGCCCUAGCCAAAGAGCAGCAGGUCUGGCUGUCGCUGGGAGGCUUCCAAGAGAAGGUGGAGGGCGAACCCGACAACAAGAUUUUAAACACUCACGUGAUCCUCAACUCUGAGGGUGAGAUGGUGUCGGUUUACCGCAAGAUCCACCUCUUCGAUGCUCCAUUCACCGGAUUGGUGGAGUCCAAACAGACCGUGCCGGGGGCGGAAGUGGUCGCAUGCGACAGCGCCGUCGGCAAGCUGGGCGUGACUGUUUGCUACGACGUCCGCUUUCCGCAGCUGUACCAGCAGCUGCGCUUCGAACACGGAGCAGAAAUUUUGCUCAUCCCCUCGGCAUUCUCCAUGCCGACGGGCGAAGCACACUGGGAGCUUCUCAUGCGGACACGAGCAGUGGAAUGCCAGUGCUACGUGAUCGCUGCCGCACAGGCGGGGUUACACAACGAGGACGGCAACCGACGCCAGUCCUGGGGACACGCCAUGGCUGUGGACCCUUGGGGCAAGGUGCUGGCCGAGUUCGACGGCACGUCCUCCGGUGUAAAGGUAGUUGAGGUGCAGCCCGAUGCCCUCGAGGAUGUCCGCAACAAGAUGCCGCUCUCUAUGCAGCGUCGCUACGACAUCUACGGAAACCGAAGCCUAGCAAAGUUCAUCACUGCAUUAACGAAGAUGGUCCAAGCCAGGGAGGCCGGGCGCCGACGGGCCUGGGAGGCUCCCGAGCUCCGCGAGCUGAGGCGCCACUAUGAAGAGGUGGAGGCUGAGCAGCUGAGGCAGUUGCAGGUGCUGCGCAAAGAAGUGGAGGAAGAGGCCCGCGAGCAGGAGGAGCACGUGUCCAGAGUUGCCGACGAGGUCGAGUUCCUAGCGCAAGAGCGGGCGUGUGCCCACCUUGCCGCGGAGAGCCGUGCUCGCGCAGUGCAGGUGCAAAAGGAGGGCGAGGCAGAGGUGGCGCGGAAGACCCGCGACCAAGCUCGGAAAGCUGCAAAGGAGAAGCACCAGGACAAGAUGAUGGUGCAAGCUGCUGUUUACAAGGCACAGCAGCAGGACCUGCAGACACAGACCCGGAGGCGCAAGCUGCAGGCCGCGGUGCGCGCGGCCUUGGACAGGCUCAUGAUGGAGCAAACCCAGCUGCGUGAACAGGAGGUCCGAAAUGAAGAGGCUGCGAAACAGCGUGCACAGAGGCAGCAGAGUGCGCAGGCGUGCUUUUGGGCUGCGAGAGCCCAGGAGCGCCUCGCCGCGGAGCACGCGCGAGCCCAGGUGCUGGAAAGAGUGGCGGCCUGUCUGGCGCAGCGGCAAGAAGACGAAGAGCGUCUUCAGCUGUUGCAUGGCCUUUUGGAGGAGGAGGCCGCAGCAGCAGCACAGCGUCGGGAGGAGGAGCGAACUCUUGAACGUCGACUCGAGGCCCGCACCAAAGCCGUGCAGGCCGCCGAGGACGGCCUCCGAAACCUCCGGGAAAACAGGCAGAAAGAGCAGGUAGAGGAAGCAGCCUGGCGAGCUCGGUUCGUGGAGUCCUGUGCCGAAGAGGCGAAACUAGAGCAGCUCAGCGAUCAAAAGAGGCGCAUGCGACUUCUGGCCUUCAAGCGUGAGGCUGAGGAGUUGGCGGCCAAACGCCGGGAGCUGCGGGAGGCUGAGGUGGGGAGAGAAGAGGCUGAGUGGCAGCUUCAGAAGCUCAAGGAAGAGGAGCAGUCCCGCAUACUGGAGGAAGAAAGGCAGAGGCUGUUGGAAGUUCAUGCCCGGGGUGGGUUGCUGGACGCUGCGUGGUUCAGUGGGGAGGUCUUGCCGAGGCACGUCCAGGACAUUGGCGACGGCUGGCGGGGGCAGUGA